UUUUGCAGGGUGACAUUUAAUUUUGAAAAGUCUUUGUAGGGUUGUUUUAAAGCAAACUUUUUCCCUUUGAAAAGUUCUGUCAAAUUAAAAGCUUUUCACUUUUUUUACCAAACACUUUCUCUCUUUCUAUAUCUCAUUCAUUAUUUCUUUCUCUAUUUCUAUCUAUAUCUACGUGUGUUGAAGCUUCUUAAACAUCAUAGAUUUCAACAAUAACAAUAAUAUCACAAAAAUGAAUGGUGAAGGUGACAUGUUUGUUAAAGAUUCUAGUUUCAUGCUCUUUGGUAAGAAGAUUCCGGUGAGUGAUUCUCAGAUUCAGGCCAAUUCUACAACCAUGAUUUCUUGCAGUAACUCAAAGCAUAAAGGAAAUGAUAUGCCGCAUACUCAAAUCAUUGAGAAAUCGAAGAAUUCUUCUAAUGAAGAAAAUGAAUCAAAAGUUAACACAAGCAUUGUGGAAGAUAAUGUGGAGACAAGCAGCACAGAUCAAGACAAAGUCCUAAAGAAACCAGACAAGAUUGUUCAAUGUCCAAGAUGCAAAAGUUUCGACACAAAAUUUUGUUAUUUCAACAACUACAAUGUCAAUCAACCUCGGCAUUUUUGUCGGAGUUGUCACAGAUAUUGGACCAACGGUGGAACAAUGAGAAACGUUGCUGUUGGUGCAGGGAGACGGAAGAACAAACACAUAGCUUCUCAAUAUCGUCAUAUGAUUGUAGCGUCCGAUGGAAUUCCGACUGCUAGUUUAGAAACCAAUGACUCUUCUAGGUACCAACAUGGCUCAAAUCUUGAAUCUGCUGCAGUUUUUAGGUGUUCAAAUGAUAAUGGUAUUGUCCUAAAAUUUGGUCGGGAAAAUGCCUCGCUCGAUGAAUCCAAAGGUUCAAUGCUUAAUCUUAUGAACAACAGGAGACAUGUUGAUGCAAGUGGUAAUAAUUGUAGAGAAAAUGGAGAGGAAGAAACAUCGUUAUGUGUAUCGUCUGUGACAAACGGUCAUACUCGAGGAAACGAGUUAUUCGAAUCCGAACAGAAUAGGUCUAAACCUAUGCAGAGCUACCCUGCAUCUUCAUGGAUAAUUCCAAUGAAUCAAAGAUGGAACAAUGUUACUUCUAUGGUUCAAUCAUCAAUGCAGAUGUGUAACCCUUAUGGCAUUGAUCCUACUGCAAUGCAGUGGUGUCACGCGCCGAUGGUGGCUGUUACAAACAUUGGCUUGCAAUUUGUUCCUGGAUCAAACAGGAAUGGAAAUGUGUCCAUAGGUUCAAAUGGUUGCAUUUCACCUUCUUCAUCUACUACUAGUAAUAGUUGUAUCUCAGGUAAUGGCACACCAAUUCUUGGCAAACACACAUGAGAUUCUGUUUUAUGUGAUAAAGAGAAGUAAGAUAUGUGAGCAUUUGUACGAAAGACGGUUACAAUUGACGAAGCAGAUUUUGGAUAGAUUCUGAUAUCAUAUGAAAAUUUGAGUUGAAUCUAACUAAACUCUAUAGAAUUGAAUUAUAAGGCGAGGGAUAUAUUCCUCUUGUAAAUAUAUUGUCGCAAUAUUUUGUUAAACGUGAGACUCUCGACAUUGAUACAAAUGAAAGCUCAAAACGUCUUAUAUGGACUA